AUGAAUACUGCUUCAACUUCAGAAAGUGGAUCAUAUUCCACAAACCACACAAGACCCUUUUUUUAUGCACAGCCAACAGCACAACAGCCUUUUCCAAAUCCAUGGUACCUCAGUCAUGCAUACAGUCCGUACUGUGUACCUGCUCCAGGCUUCCGAAGUGGAAAUCCAUAUUUUCCAUUUUAUUCUGUUGCGCUCCAUGAGUACCCUGGAUUUUUUGUUCCACAGCAUCCAAUGCAUGCAAGAAUUAACAGAAGGCCUUGUUUUAAUGCUCCCCCACCUUCCCCUAUGUUUUAUCAUGCAACAAGAUUUAGACACUAUAGUACCCCUGGGAAAAAAAUGGAGACAAAAGAAACACAGACUGAUCCUAGACAGCCUGAAAACAAGCAAAAAAAGCAUCAAGAUACCCGUACAGAAACGAAAGGUUGUGAUGCAGGAAAUACAGCCUGUGUUUCUUCUGGUAUAGGUACAGAGACUGAAAGUACUUCAGAGAAACAAGAUUCAUCUGGAUCUUCCAUUGUGGUAGACAGAGAGUUUCAUAACAAGAGCCCUUCCAGCUCUACACAGUAUAGAAAUCUUCCUACUGGAAGCUAUGCCUUUGAGAAGGAAGAAGUGAGGAUAGAGUACGGAAAUGGCUCUCCAGCUAUUCAACUCUGGAAGUCCUUUAAAGAAACUAUCCCUUUGUAUGAUGUGGCAAGUGGUAAACCAGUCCCAGAAAACAUAGUGCAGCGUGACUUAUUUUCUGUUAGCUCGUGUGAAGGAAUGAUAUAUGGCCCUCAUGAAGGGGAGAAAAUGGUGCCAGGAGCUUACUUAGAUGAGAGAAAAGCUGUUCUCCCCUCAAAACAGGGUGUUGAACCUGUGCAAGAAAAAGAGGUCCAAAAUAAUGAAGUGAAGCUGGAUGCAGAAAAGCAGGUGAAUACAAGUCAACGGGCAAAAUCCCCCCAAGGUGAAACCAUGGCAGUGCAAAUCGCAGAGUUGGCAAGAUCUGUUAGUGUAGACCAACCAGUGGUGAGACAGGAUGUGGUAGUAGCUAAGAAAUCUAGCUCUAAAAAAUCUACAGGCUCAAAAACUUCUCAGGAAGAGCCCAGCUUUAUUCAACAAGCAGGACUACUUCCAUCUAGUAUGGAGGUAAUGAGUGACUUGAGUUUUCAGCAGAAAAAGCUGACUCUAAGCCACAGUGCAACCAAUGAAAGUCAAACAGAUAAAAGUAUUUGGUGUGACGAAUCAAUUGAGAAGUACGUUCCUCCUAACAGUUGGCUGGCUUGUUUGGACAGUAUGGACGCAAACUACAACUAUGAUGUUUGUUUGCCACAAAGGAAACAUCAAAGUGUACUCAGUCUUUCUUCUGAUGACAUGUCCUCUAGAGAGGAAGGCUCAUCAGUUGAUGAUGCCCCAGUGUCUUAUUUUGUCCCUGACUAUGUGCUUCAGAAAAGCACGUAUACUUUUCAGAAAAGUACAGAGGGCUUAAAAGGUCCCUUAAUGAAGAUUAAAGAGGCUUCUAGUAAAGGCAGAAAGCUGGGAGCCCUUCCUAGAUCUUCUAGUUGGAAAAAAAUCAAUUCUUUCAAGAAAAAAGCAGCUAAGAGUUUGUCAGAAGUUGAGGACUCUGAAGAAUACUCUGUGAGGGGAGAAGAGGAGGAUGAAGAUGGAGAGGAUGAGGAAGAUGAGGAUGAUGAUGACAUGGAUGAAAUUGAAUAUUUCUUUCAAGAAGCCACUCCAUAUGGAAUCUUGACGCCCAGCAAAGGAAGUUUCUACCAAGUUGGCCAGAGGGUGCUUUGGAAACCACCUAAAAAUGCUAUACCAGCUCAAUUAAUUAGCUGGCCUGCUCAAAAGAAAAUAAAAACCAGGAGUGGGCUUGGUGAAAACAUUGGUAUAGUUUACAAGCCAAAGGAGAAAGAACAAGAUGAAGUUGUAUGCAGUGACUAUGGGUAUUAUGGAAGAAAGAGGCCUACGGCAAGAAGAGAAGGACUUGAACACCAGCGCAUGCUCCGGAAAUUCUUGGGAGGAAGGUUGUUAAGGGAGAACAUGGGGAUACCACCUGAAGAGUAUUGGAUUAGAAGUGGUGCUAAACCCAAAUUUACCAGCCAAAUACAUGGUAGUGUCUCAUCCCCAGCCAAGAGCAAAGAACAAGGGUGCCCACCUUUGGUUAAACCAAAGAAGAAAAGAAUAGGCAAGCCACCUUCAAAACGCAGAGACACAAGAUGUGAGGUGGAAGAAGUAGAAGUGUGGGAGAUGCCUAAAAGCAGUGUACGCAGAGGGACUAAUGGUUCUCGGUUUGAACUGCAAGGAUAUUGGAUAGCUUGUGAAAUAAUAGCAAACGUUAUGUAA